CAAAAAUAAGUCCCCCUCUCCGGCAAGCCGUGGGACCUAGCCUAAGGACAGGACACAGGGCAGGGCAGGCAAAGCUCCGCCUGCAGCUAGUAGUCUCGCAAGCGGGCAAGACAUACGUACAGUACAGCUGGGCGACGAGAUACGAGCCAAGCCACCAACGACGACUUCGCCCCCUCCUUCCCGUGAACGACGCUGUCAGAAUCAUUUCCGUCGUUAUCAGCAGGCACGGACCUGGGCCACAGUACAAGACCUUGUCGAGACCCUCUCUCUCACACUCUGGCGGAUCCGGGCGAGAUAACAAAAAGUUGGCCGCGCAAUUCCGUUUCUUCGCUCCAUUUUUCUCUUCUUCUUUCUCUGUUCGCCCUGAGUAGUUGAUCCUCCUUUCGCCUCUUCCUCGUCCGUCCUUCAUCAAUCAAAAAGCAAAAGGGAAGGCGACAAGAGAGUAGGAUCACCAAAACGAUGAAUCCGUUGCCGUUCUUUCCGCCACCGUCGCGGUCGCUCUCGCGCGCAGGCAACCAGCCGCCGCCGUCGUUGGCAAAGACGCGCACGGGCGCGGGCGGAGGCACCGGCUCGGGUAACCACAGCCCCACCUACGGGACAUCGGGCAACGGCAGCGGCAACGGCAGCGGCAACGGCAACGGCAACGGCAACGGCGGCAGUGGAGCAAGCGGUGGCAAUGGCGGCAGUGGACAGGCAGCCAGUGGCUUGACGUCGCUUUCGGCCUCGUCGUCGUCGUCCGGAGAGCGGUGGCCGUCGUCGUCGUCAAGUGGAAAUUUGUCAGAGAAGAGCACGGGCGCAGGAGGAGGAGCAGGCGAGGCGAAGAGCAGCCGCCGCGGUGGAGCACCGGCCAUGACGUCGUUGGAUGGAGAUGCAAAGGGCGGCCAGCCAUACCUGAGCAGCAGCAGCAGCAGCCGAAGCAGCAGCAUCAGCCGCCUAGCCGUCGGGGGUGGCGACGGCGCUGGCUCCAGCGACGGCACCGUGUCGCUCCCACUCAACAAGCCCUCGUCCGACGAACGGAGCUCGACGCCGUCGACGCUCACGAGCCCCGUCCUGUCGGCCAGCGGCGGCGGCAACGACUCGGACAGCUCGACGGCAAAGAGGGGCAAGAAGUCGGCGCCGAUGUCGUCUCCCAGCCUCGGUGGCUCGUCGACGACGCGGAGGCCGAGCUCGAGCAGCAACACGGGGUCCUCGUCGGGCGGCCGCCUGGGCACGAGGCUGCCCCAGGGCAUGUACUUUGACCUCGUCCGGCCCGAGGAAGUGUCGGCGGCCUACAAGCUCGAGCGCCAGGGCUUUGCCCAGGAGGAUGCUGCGAGCCUGGACAAGCUGCGAUACCGGCAAAAGAAUGCGCCGCACCUGUUCAUGGGCGCAUUCAUCCCCAUUGCCCCUCCCAAGGUGUCGGGUCCCCUGACCAUGGCGGGGCCCUCGCCGAGGAAGCUCAUCGGCUACUGCUGCGCCACGGCCUCGUCGGCGCUCACGGCGCGGGCGAUGAGCCACCACAGCGACGACGAGCACGCCUGGCUCGUCUGUCUUCACAGCGUCUGCGUCGCACCCGAGCACCAGCGCCGCGGUGUGGCCCUGCGCAUGGUCGAGGAAUACAUGCGCCGCCUCCGCCGCGCAGAGGAGGGCAAGGGCGACCGCAAGCAGGGCUAUGUCGCCCGCGGCUACGAACGCGUCGCCCUGCUCGCCCACGACGAGCUGAUUCCCCUCUACGAAAAGGCCGGCUUCACCCUCCUCGGCGUCAGCCACGUCAACCAUGGCACCGGCGAGUGGUUUGAGCUUCGGCGGCCCAUCUUUCCCGACGACGAGGACAAUGCGGCCAAGAAGAAGAAGGAAGAGGAGAUGGCCGAGGAAGAGGAGCAGGAGCAGGAGCGCGAGAGUGCAUCUACGACGACGACAGCGACGCCGGCCUUGGCGCCUGCGAUUGUCAGUCCGAUCGACACUGCUUCCAUGUUGCCCUCGUCUGGACAGCAGGUCGCAUCGCCCCUCUCGGACAAAGGCAGCGAUAUCGCCAGUCAGCACCAGGACAAGGCCGGCGACAACAAGCCUGCUGGCGAGGCCGCAAUGAGCGCGACGGACAAGCUCGGUCUGCCCGAAGGCAUCACCACCUCACAGAUCCUCGCCGCGCUGCGCAGCCAGAGCACAUCAGGCCAGCAGCGCAGCACCUCGUCCAACUCUGACGGUCCAAAGAACCCAGGCACGGCCUACUCGACGAUCAUGGGCCAGACGCUGGCUGCCAAGACGUCGGUCGAGGACGCCUUUUUCGCCCUCGAGGCCCGGCUCGUGGACCGCGAGACAAACACGAACCUGGCCGAGCUCUACUGCCCGCGCGAGGAGUGCGCCUGCCUGCUUCUCCGGCCAAAGACGGCCGAGUGGGAGCUGGCCGAGAUGGGCCCACUGGCGAACCCGAGCUUGCGGAUGGGUGGGGCCAACAGCAAUGCGCCUGCGCCUCCCUCUGCGCCCGUGCCGCCCCCGCCGUCGUCGCUGGACCGCAUCAGGAGCGCACUGGGCUCGUCGAGACCGCCCAACGGCUCGACGCCUGCGCGGCCCUUCUGGACCGUGGUCACGCCCAUGUCCUUUGACAACGUCGGCUUCUCCAAGGACGACGUCUGGAGGCCCCCGCCGCCGCCUGUGUCUCGAUCGGCAACGUCGAACGGCAGCGGAGGGGUCACUUCGCCGCGCCUGGGAGCGGUGACAUCGGGCGAGGAGUCGUCGGACGGCGGCGCGUCGGUGCCCGAGAGGAAGAAGCCGCAGAAGCGCGGGAGCCUGUUCAGGGGCCCCUCUGAGCGGAGGCGCGAGAAGCAGGAACGGGCAGAGCAGCAGGCAUUGGAGCAACAGCAACAGCAGCAGCUACAACUACAGCAGCAACAGCAACAACAGCAACAGCAGCAGCAGCAGCAGCAGCAACAACAACAGCAGCAGCAACAACAACAACAACAACAAGACCGGGACCAACAGGCACUGGAGACAGAUGAAGCGCCGCUCGAGGUCAAGGUCAAGUACCUGACGUGCGCAGAGUGCGACUGUGGUCCACUUGGCUACACGGUACUGCCCGCGUCGAUGCAGCAGGGCGGCCUGGCCCAGUCGGUGGGACAGCAGAUUGGCGCACAGCAACAGGGCGGCCAGAGCCCCGGCCAAGGCCAAGGCCAGGGCCAGGGAGGAGCCGAUGAGAUUCCACUGUACCUGAUUGCGGCAGACCGUGUGCGCUAUCGGUUCCCAAAGACUGGCUAGGGUUAUUGUUCUGUCAUGACUACUAUCUCGCACUCUUUGUCUCUCUGACCAAUUCUGUCGCUGUGCAAUGAUGAUGGGGAUGCCCGCCCUGCCCGCCC